CAGGUGGUUCUCAAGGAACCAAACAUUUGUUCUGGGAUUCCCGUUAUGAUGAUGAGCUUAUUCCAUUUCUUGCCGACUUGUUUUUAAGUGGGAUAAUGUCAUGCACCGCAUCAAAACUCUACGAACAAGAUUUCGUGAUAUGGAAACUUGUCGUAAUCUCAGUGGUGCUGGAUGGGAUGAAAGUACGAAGACUGUCAUUAUGGAGCCUGAAUGUUUGGAUAGGUGGAUUGAGGACAAGAGCUUUAAGAAUGCUAAGCUUAGACAAUAUGUCAAUAAACCCUUGAGGCAUUAUGAUGAUCUCGCCCUUAUAAUCGGUGAUGAUCAAGCUACAGGACAAUUUGCUAGUGAUGCUUGGAAAAAAUUUAGCCGUAGUGAGACCAUAAAUCUUGGAGAUGAGAUGAACUCACCAAUGCAUUCUCCCCAAUCUACUGAAGUACACAUUUUAGAUGACGAGGACACUCCUUCACCUAAUGAAGCACACAACACAUCAAGCUCUAAGGCUAAGUCAUCAUCCGCCAAGGCACUUGGUAUAUCAUUUGUGUUUAGGUUUGUUCUGUUUUGUGCUCAGUUUUUGUGCAUUGUCUUGUGUUCAGACAUUGGUUUUGUGCACUGUUAUGAUGAUUAUCAGUUUUUCUGA